AUGACAGCAGCUGAUAUGGGUGUAGGAGUGUUGCUGAUCACUGCGCUGGAGUUGUUAAGAGUUUGUGUUGGUUUGCAGGCAGCUGAUAUGGGUGUAGGAGUGUUGCUGAUCACUGCGCUGGUGCUGAUACUGGUGUUGGCAGGCUGUCGAUCCAUCGGUCUCUGGACAUGGACGGCUGCAUGGAUAUUCUCCAACAGAGAGGAGAAGGUGUCAUUAACCAGACUCAAGGGCCAUUACAACGCCAAUGGAUACUUGAUAACGUCAGACUCUGAUAUACAGCUGGACUGUACAGGCAGUUUCCAGCACUUUGACUCUGUAGAUCGUGAGGUGUGGACUCCACCCGUGGACUCUACCCUCAGCACCACAGUGGCCCCAGAGAUCCCCCUGCAGCCUCUACGCCCCGCGCCCAGCCCCGUACCCCCGCCAUCACCCAAACCUGUGGAACCAUCUCCUCCUCCACCACUAACGCCUCAAGCUCCACCUGCUAUCUCAACCAACCCCUUUUUAGCAGAUAUAAUGGAGCCUGUGGUAGUGCUACCUCCACCACUGGUGACAGAGGAGGUCACGGAGAGAGUUGUACCUCAGCUGCAGAGAGCCAUGAGUUGUGACUCUGUGUGUUCUGACACAAGUGUCUCCGCAGCAGACCUACAAGAACCCAACGUAACUGGUUAUCUCUGUGUGGGACUUGAAUAUGACAGCGAGGUGGCUGAUUUGAUGGUGAACGUGCUGGAGGCCAAGGAUCUAGUAAGCAGUGAUGUGAACCAUCCUCAGCACCAACCUCUAGACACAUAUGUCAGAGUGUACCUUCUACCUGACAAGACCACUAACAUGCAGACCAGGGUUUACAGGAAGUCCAACAGUCCAAGUUACAAGGAGAGGUUCCUGUUCGCUCUAGAGCCGACGGAGUAUCACAGGAGAUCUUUGUCUUUCUACAUCUACGCCACUGACCGAGCGUCCAGCUCGCUACUGGGGGAGGCAGAGCUACGGCUGUGUGACGUCAACGCUCGACAACCCGUCACCACCUGGCUCACACUGACCGACACCGGACAGACGAGUACAGAGCUGGGUGAAGUGAUGUUUUCUCUAAGUUACCUGCCAACUGCAGAACGUCUUACAGUUGUGUUGGUGAAGGCCAGGAAUCUCAAGUUUCACAGGGAAUCAGGCGACCCAUUUGUUAAGGUUUAUCUAUUACAACACGGUAAAAAAGCGCACAAGAAGAAGACUUCGACAAAACGAGGAGAGCGAAGCCCGAUCUACAAUGAAGCUAUGAUGUUCAGUGUUCCUCCUCAUACGUUGCAGACUAUCCAACUGCGAGUGACAGUGUCCGAGACUGGGUCAGAAGGCCGAGCUCUCAACAUCGGCCACGUCAUUGUAGGAAGUCAGUCAACUGGCAAAGCUUUAACUCACUGGACUCAAAUGUUAACUUCCCUUCGUAAACCCAUCGCCAUGUGGCAUCCACUCAGAAGCAAAUAAACAAUAAAUGUCCCUCAAAUCCAGAAGACCACUUGUUUAGUAAUUUUAUUUUUCUAAAACUUAAGUGAAUAAAAAUUUUACAUCUAUUUUAUAAGUACCCAGUUGUAGAUGUACCAUAAUAAUCUUUCUCAUUUCUAUCUACUAAGAGGCCUUAAACAAUCAAAUUUGUGCUGAUUAGACGAUUUAUAAAUAUUAUAUUUAUGUAGAAACUGUUGACGUAGAUUCAGAUGUUGUAGACAGGUACUGAACUUAACAUAUUGAGGACCAUAAUUCAUGAAUUUUAAUACACUUUGCAAAAUUUUUGUUUAUUCAAGAUCUGUGUAGUUUGAAACAUUGUAACUGUAUUUUUCAAAUGUAAUGUAAGCUUCAUAUGGGAAUAUAGUGUAAUAUUGUACUGUAAUUAUUUUGUCACAAUGAAAAGAAUUUAUUUAUAAAUUAUC